AAAAGUACGCAUAAAUCGACGACGUCAGGUUGUUUAUUACGAAAGAACACAACAGUGCUUUACCUGGGAAAGGUUGUCGCCGUGUACACUGAAAUAAUGUCGUUAAACACCGCUCAUGCCAAUGGUGGAGUUCUGAUUUUUGCUGGAGAAAGGAUUCUGAUAUUUUAUGAUGGAGUGGAAAUGGCAUUUGAAGGUCCAAGAGACAUGCCUCACUUCAAAGGGAAAAAGCAUGGUAGAGCUUUACUCACAACACACAGGGUAAUAUUUACCUCGGCUGAUCCUAAAGAUAUUCUACAGUCGUUCAGCAUACCGUUCUAUACAAUGCGGGAUAUGGAACUGGAGCAGCCCGUAUUUGGAGCUAACUACAUCAAGGGACGUGUAGUGGCAGAGCAGGGAGGAAAUUGGAGUGGUGAGGCAAAGUUCAAAAUGUAUUUUACUAAAGGAGGAGCAAUCGAGUUUGGUCAGGCGAUGCUGAGGGCAGGACAACUUGCUAUGAGAAACCGCCCACCUCAGCCUCCAGUGUACUCUCCUCCAGUUGGAAACAUCUACCAGGCUCCACCGCCGGCAUAUGAGGCCCCGCACACACCAUACUAUGACUGGGUCCCCUACAAUACAUUCCCUACAGCUCCACCACCUAAUUAUGUUUACACUAUGGAAGCUCCGCCACCAUACCCAGGUGUGGACCCGAAUAUGACCCCAUACCCCCCACCACAAGCAAAUGGAUCAGCAUCAGAUGCGAAAGCACGGGAGGCUAAUGCCAGUGCAUACUACAACCCUGCAAACCCACACAAUGUCUACAUGCCAGCACCAACCGCGCCGCCAUUCGAACCGCCACCAUCUUAUGACCAAGCCACCAAGAAAACAAAUUAACUCUACUGUGUAUAUCACCUGACAGUGUGACUGACAAAGGAGAUGUUGUUACUCAUGUUAAUAAUACAACUUCUGAAAUGUAAUAAAAGAGACAUUCCUUUACGACGUAUGAAUUGUUCCCUUUCUAGUUUUGAUACAUGUAUUAUGUAUCUUGAUAAAAGAAGUUACUAGUAGUAAUAAGGGCAGAUAAUUGUGAAUAACAUCUACUGAAUAACUGAAUAAAUGUAUAUGACCAGGGUGAUAAAAUAUUUGAAAAACAAUGUUCACCUAUAUUGUUUAUGUAACUUACAAAUAAUAUUACAUAUUUAAUGAAUACAAAUUAAAUAUAAAUAGUUUAUAAGCAUGGAACCUAUUUGAUAGUACAACAGAAGUACAUAUAUAAGUAAUAACUGCAUUUUUCUAUGAUAUAAAUAGUUUAUGAAGGCCCUCACCAUUUAAGGGGCACUAUUACUUUCACUCCCCAAGAGCCAACACUUGCGCCCAUGACGUGUGUGCUACAACAGCUUGUUCUAAAUGUUCAUGUAAAACCAUAGCUCACUCCCCUAAAACUAGUUCAUGGAGAGUAUGUGAAUUUAUGUGGCAUCAAUAUGGCAAUAUCUUGAAUGACUUCCCAUAAUCUAAGUUAGGAGAGCAAUUAAUCACUCCCCUAGCUUGUUGUUAUGUUGGGGUCUGUUUAUGGAAUAUUAAUGGCAUGUAAAGAUGCUGUGUACAUUAUGAUUUGCAGGUAGGACUGGUGAUGACUCUAAAGGAAACUGAAUGUGACAAUGGUAAAAACACACAUCCACAGACUUUUGUCAUCAGUGUAGAUGUGACAAUGGUAAAAACGCACAUCCACAGACUUUUGUCAUCAGUGUAGAUGUAGUAAUACAUUAAACCAAGAGGAUAUUCAUAUAUUGAUUUCACAAGGUUGUAAUGUGAAAUAUGUGUGCAACCUAGUGUGGUGCAAAUUGAUUUAAUGAAGAUGCAGUAUAGAAAAUUGUACAAGAAAUUAUUGUUACAUGUCACCUUGGUACUCAUUCCAUGUCUGCCAUUAAUAUUCUUUAUUGCAGUAAAACAAAGAAUACUGUCGAUUUUUAUUUAGGUUAAACAAUAUUCUAAUUUACGUUGAUUUAAAAGAAAUAUAUAUAGUUUUUUUCUUAAACCUCUUACAAACCAAUACAAACAGACAAAACGGUUUCCGUUUCAUUAUGUAGAGUUUUACAAAUUGUAUUAAAAUAUAUUACUUACAAUCUACUACAGAUUGUAAAAAGCUGCUAUUUCAUGCCACCUCAUAUAUUUUACUAAUGCAAAACAUAAACAUAACCAAACCUGUAUGUUUUCACUGUGAACAGUUGCUGGUGUCGUUAAUUAAAAAAUAAUCACUAUUGUGAAAUAUAAUGUCUAUAAAUUAAUUUUUAAAAAGUGAGGAAAGUAAAAUGUUUCAUUCCAUUGAAUUUAAUGGCAGGACAAAAUUACUAUGGUCCAAGGACUCUUACUGCAGACUACAACUCUUGAAAACCUGGUCCUGAUCUUUGAUCCUUUCACACAUGUUUAGUAUUACACAAAUAUUUUUCAACACAGCAACGUCAACAAAUAUUAAUGAAUGUAAAAUCGUCUGUCAUGCAUAGUGCCAUUGUUGACAUUGUUUUUGUUCUUUAUAAACUUCUUACAAGGUUGAAAACUAUUUUCAGGUACAUUGCAUGUGUUAACUAGUUCAUGUACAGUAAAUAAUAUUGUAUUUCUUAUUGCACAAAUUUAGAUUUUGUAUGGAUUUUUUUGUUAAUGAUAUAAAUGGUGAUGUAUAUAUGGUAGAUUUAAUUUAUCAGUAUAACAUGAUCGAUUUGUUUUCUAGUACAAUAUACAUGUAUUUUGAAAGAUCUGCACAAUUUUCAGUCUGUUGGAUAAAGUUACGUUUUAGACGUCAUCCAUGUUUGUAAUUCAGUGUUUGCAGUGUUAAAAUUUGUGGCACAUGUUUAAAAAAGAACCCAUAAAAUACAUUUAAUGUUUUUAAAAUUCAGCUGUCGUUAAUUUACUGAUUUUGACUUUGUUAAAUGUUAAAGUUUGAUUCCAGAUGUAAACAUAUAUUUUAAUUUGACAACAAAAAUGCUCAUAUUUUAUUAUUUACAGUCUUAUGUUAACUUGUGGUAUGAUGGUGUUAAUUGGUGCGGUAUGUAUUGUGACUGAUAUGUACUCCAGGUUGAGGUUAUCCUUAUAUAUACUGAUUUCUAAAAAUUAUAAUUCAUGUUUGUUGUCAUUACAAAUGGCUUUAUACAUUUAAGCUUUCUGAAUAUUAAUAUCCAAAUUUAUGUAUUCUGAUUAUAAUUCUGAAACACUUGACUUUUUGUUGAUUUUUUUUUAAACCUUUCUUUAUUAAUGUACUACACAUUUUACCCUUUUCAUUAACUCUUACUGAUCACAUCCUUUAAGGCAAAUGUUCAGUUUUACACAAAUGAAAUAAAAGAUGUGAUUGUACUCUGUAUUUAUUGUUGGUUGGAUGUGUUUUGUAGGUCUUGUAAACUUGCACAACCAUAUUUAGCUGAUGUAAUUUGUUAUUUUUGUGAUUCUUUAUAAAAUAAAUACUGUUAAUACAUGUA